AUGGACAUGGAUUCAAAGCUGUUGGUGGAUAGUACUGAAAGUGAAGAAGAGGAAAUUGUCCAUAAAGCUUUUGAUAGAACUUUUCAAGAUCCAAGUGACCUUUCAAAAAGGUUUAUGAACUUUAUUGAGAAUUGUUUGUGUGAAUAUGAAAUGUCAAAAGAAUAUUAUCCACCAUACACAACCUUAGUUCAAUCCCAGUGGCACAGGAAAAUCAAAAUUAUUGAAGAAUUUUGCAGAAAACCAAAUGACAUCACCUAUCUUGCAUACAUAUGUGCAUGUUUUCAAAAAUUGAAGGAAUUCAAGGGGAGUUGCAAAGAAUGGAUUGAUGAGCAUACUGGCAAAAAUUCACAGGUGAAUUUCUGGAAGGAUAUUGAAUGCAGGAUGACUGAUAUCACAUGUGAGCCUAUGAAAAGCACUACAGAUGGUAAGAUGACUGAAGGUAUCAAUAAAUAUUUAGAUGAAGAAAGAAUGAUAACACAAGAAAUACUUACCACAUCAAAGACAGGCAUGAUAUCAGGUUCAUUUAAUGAAGAAGAAGGUAUAUCAUUGGUGUUAUUUGAUGAUGAUGAUGAAAUAAUUCUUGAUGCUUGUGAUGGAAAAAUUGAUAUAUUUAUGUAA